CACGGAAGUGAAAGGAGUAGUUCCGUGUUCAACAAUAACCCGGAGCUGGCGGCAUUGGGUCUGCUCUGUUGGGCCUUGCUCAGAAGCUCCGCCUUCUCUCCGGUCUUUCUAGAAGCUCAGCUUUGCUCCCAGCGAAGCGGAGCAGCGUCCCAGACGCGCGUGUGAGUCAUGGCUGAAACGGCCCCGAACGGCCCCCAAGGGCCAGGCGCGGUGCAAUUUAUGAUGACCAAUAAACUGGAUACAGCAAUGUGGCUUUCUCGCUUAUUCACAGUUUAUUGCUCUGCUUUGUUUGUUCUGCCGCUUCUUGGGUUGCAUGAAGCAGCAAGCUUUUACCAACGUGCUCUGCUGGCAAAUGCUCUUACCAGUGCUCUGAGGCUGCACCAAAGAUUACCGCACUUCCAGUUAAGCAGAGCAUUCCUGGCCCAGGCUUUAUUAGAGGACAGCUGCCACUACCUGCUCUAUUCACUCAUCUUUGUCAAUUCCUACCCAGUUACAAUGAGUAUUUUUCCAGUCUUAUUAUUCUCUUUGCUUCAUGCUGCCACAUACACAAAGAAGGUCCUUGACGCAAAGGGUUCAAAUAGUUUACCUCUGCUGAGAUCUAUGUUGGAUAAAUUAAGUGCUAAUCAACAGAAUAUUCUGAAAUUUAUUGCUUGUAAUGAAAUAUUCUUGAUGCCUGCUACAGUUUUUAUGCUUUUCAGUGGGCAAGGAAGCUUGUUGCAGCCUUUUAUAUACUAUAGAUUUCUUACUCUUCGAUAUUCCUCUCGAAGAAAUCCAUAUUGCCGGACCUUGUUUAACGAACUGAGGAUUGUUGUUGAGCAUAUAAUAAUGAAACCUGCUUGCCCAUUGUUUGUGAGAAGACUUUGUCUCCAGAGCAUUGCCUUUAUAAGCAGACUGGCUCCAACAGUUUGAAUUUUUAUAGACAGUUGCAGCCUAUGCAAUUCAGAUGCCUUUUGAAAGGAGUGUAACUGAAGAUUGAGCAUAUGACUAUACUUGGUUUCUAUUCUGAAAUAAUAAUGAAGAUUAUCCUAUAGAUUAUAUACUUACCCAUCAAAUCUGAUUUAAAAGGUUAAUGGAAAGGAUUAUAGGUAAGGUAAAGAAUUGACUGGGAAUGGGGCUGGAGGAGGAAUUGGGAGUAGUGUGUAAUUUGGCUUUGUGAUGCAGAGGUAAACUUGGGGGUACUGGAUGUAUUAUGCAACUAUGAUUUGAGUUGUGUAAUAUGUUAAAUUCUGUUACUUUAGCUUCUUCCAUCAGCUCCUUUAUAAGUUUGUUCUUUAUUACUAUUGUAUGAUUGGAAGUGUUUAAAACAAAAAUUUUAGUACAGAGUAAUGUGAUGAUUUUGGUAACCAGUUUUCUUCUGUAUGCAUGUAAUUUGGAUUUCUCAAAUACAUUCAUUAGUAACUUAUCAGUAACAUUAGUUUUUGUUUUGUUCAAUUUUCUGAGCUAUAGAUAUCUUCCCUUGAUAACUGUCUAUUUUUGUAUUUUGUAAUAUUAAUAAGUUAGAGAAGCAACCUCAUGACAUUCAGUUGAGUGUGUAGUCUCAUAAUCACUAUGUCAUCUGAUGAUUUUAAGAACUAAAUUUUUAGAGCAAUAAAGUGACUAUAAUGUUAAGUAAAUAGUAUAUUGAUUUCUAAUGUUUUUAAAAAUUAAGCCUUAAAUAAUAUCAUGAAAUUUUGGCAGCUGAAGGUUUAUUAAGUUACUAGUUUUCUUUCAUAUAUAUAUAUAUUUUUUAAUCUUAGCAAGUUUAGAUUUUAGAAGAGUUGGAAAAAAUAGUGCAGAAUUCCUGUGUUCCAUUUAAUCAACUCCCCUUUUGUUAGUAUCUUAUGUAACUAUACAACAUUCAUCAAAAUUAAGAGAUCAUUUCUGGGGUGGGGAGAUAGCAUAAUAGUUAUGUGAAGAGAAUUUUUCUGAGGCUCCAAGUCCCAAAUUCAUUCCCCACACCACAUAAGCAAGAGUUGAGCUGUGUUAAAGAAAAAAGGGGGGGGGAGAAGGAAAGAGAGAGAGAGAGACUUUGGGAUACUAUUAACAGAAGUGUAACUAGCUUUCACCAGUUCCCCCCCCCUUUUUUUGGUACAUUCUGCUUUUACUUUUAAUGAGUCUUUUUUUUUUUUUUUUAAAGAAUUUAUUUAUUUAUGAGAGAGAUAAGAGGAGAGAAAGAGCCAGACAUCACUCUGGCACAUGUGCUGCUGGGGAUUGAACUCAGGACCUCAUAGUUGAGAAUCCAGUGCUUAAUCUACUGUGCCACCUCCUGACCACAAAUGAUGAGUCUUUUUUUUUUUUUUUUUAAUUACUAUUGGUCAAAAAGAUUUUCUUAAUGGGGGUCAGGCGAUAGUGCAGCUGGUUAAUAAGCACACACAGCGCCAAGCCCCUCCCCCCCCACCUGCAGGAGGGUAGCUUCACAAGCGGUGAAGCAGGUGUCUUUCUCUUCCCCUCUCCGUCUUCUCUCUCCAUUACUCUCUGUCCUAUCUAACAACAAUGACAUCAAUAACAACAAUAAAACAACAAGGGCAACAAAAAGGAAAAAAAUGGCCCCCAGGAGCAUUGGAUUCGUAGUGCAGGCACAGAGCCCCAGCAAUAACCCUGGUGGCAAAAAAAAAAAAAAAAUUCUCAAUGGAAAUAAUUUAUAUUUAUUUUUAACAAAAAGAACUUUAAUACUAAAACUUACAAUUUAAAAUACUGCUUUAAAGUCAAGACUUUAAGGGGCUGGGUGGUGGUGCACCUGGUUGAGCACACAUAUUAUAGUGCACAAGGACCCAGGUUCCAGCCCCCAGACCCCACCUGCAGAGGGAAUGCUUUGCAAGUGGUGAUGCAGUGCUGCAGGUGCCUCUCCCCCUCUACCACCCCGUUCCCUCUUGAUUUCUGGCUGUCUCUAUCCAGUAAAUAAAGAUAAAAAAAAAAAGAAACCACUAAAUUUUUAAAAAGUCAAGACUUUAAAUCACAUAACAGGAUUUUAUUUCUGGUUGAUUGUGUUCUUCAAAGAAAGGUUUGAUUUCUAAAUACAACAAUACAUGAAAAUAAAAUUUUACAAAGUAAGUAUUACUAGAUAUUUAUAGUUAGAAAUUCAGCAAUAUGAAUAGGUAUUGCCAUCUUAUUUGGCAUCUGAAAUGGUAAUACUCAAGUAAAAGUUUAGAAAUAGAAUAGCAGUGUAUUGAAUGAAAACUUGAAGAAAUUAUGCUUGCACAACUAAACUUAUUUUUACCAGUUUAAAAAAAUGCUGACAACAUCCAGAAUAAAAACAAACAACAACAAAAAACUAAAUACAGAUAUUUAGUAACUUUUUUUUUUAAAUCAUACUUUAAAAAAAAUUUAUUUUUUUAUGAGGAAGAUAGGAGGAGAGAGAAAGAAGCAGACAUCACUCUGGCACAUGUGCUGUUGGGGAUCAAACUCGGGAGCUCAUGCUUGACAGUCCAAAGCUUUAUCACUGUGCCACCUCCUGGACCACAAGUAACUUUUCAAAUAAAGAAAAUACUGGCUUAUUGGAAUAGUUAUGACACAUAUUGACACAGAAAAAAAAUAUAUGACUUUUCCAACAACACAGUAACUAUGCUUAUAUUAAAGCAGUUUUCAAAUUGUAAUGCUGUCAUUACUUUUUUCUUCCCAAAUUUCAAGGAAAAAAAAAUAAUGUUUGUAGGGAGUCUCACGGUAGCGCAGCAGGUUAAGUGCAUGUGGCACAAAGCGCAAGGACCGGUGUAAAAAUCCCCUACCUGCAGGGGAGUCGCUUCACAAGCGGUGAAGCAGGUCUGCAGGUGUCUCUCUCUCCCCUCUCUGUCUUCCCCUCCUCUCUCCAUAUUAAUGACAACAAUAAUAACUACAACAAAAAUAUAAAACAAGGAGAACAAAAGGGAAAAUAAAUAAAAUAUAAAAGAUUUAGGUUUGGGCAGAGGGUUAUGCAAAACAGACUCUCAUGCCUGAGGCUCCUAAGUCCUAGGUUCAAUCCCCCACACCACCAUAAGCCAGAGCUGAACAGUGCUCUGGUUAAAAAAAAAAAAAAAUAGGUUUGUAAGUUUGGAACAUGAUACUGUUCAUCCUGAAAUGGAAAAUGAGUGUAGCAAACAAAUAGGACUAAAAGAUUUACUCCUUUUGAAGUUUGAGAUCAGAUGAAUGGAAGUAAUUUUGAAGAAAUAUGCAGAAGACCCUUAUCUAAUAAUUGAUUACAUUUGUUUUCUGAAGCUCCCUCCCCAUCUCCACAAGUCUCUUACAGUCCUUUAGCUGCCUAGCUGUCACCUACAGUUAGGUUAAAUUUGAUACUUUCUCUUUUGAAGUUUUCUUAAGAGUCACCACAGAUGAUUAUGUUUAUGAUCAGUAGGUGGCACUCUUCUCUUCAAAUAGCCCCCUAGGAGUGUCACACACCACUUUGAAAGGUUGAAAAGUGCUGGAUCGGCCAUAAAACUAGACAUCUGAAUUCCACAACCCCUUUUAGUGUGUAACUAACCAGUAAAUAUUUAAUAAGCCCUUACCAUGAAUAUAUUUUAAGGUAUUGAAGCGCUCACUAUCUACUUUCUAGGUAAACAGUAAAAUAGAACACGAAUGGGAGUAGCGUCAUUCAGAUCAUAGUCUCUGUUUUUUCAAAUGCUUGAUUUACCUAAACACAUGAGUUGUGCAAUUAUAAUCCUUCAUUUUCAAGUGUAUAGAAAAAUGGCACUCAAGUCUUUGUGGUCAUUCUGUAUGAGCUAAUUUCAGAUCCUUAAAUUUAGACUUCAUAGUAAUAAAAGAGCAUAUUGAGGUCCUGGGUGGUGGCUCACCUGGUUGAGCACACAUGUUAUAAUGUACAGGACCUGCAGUUGAGGCCCUGGUCCCCACCUGCAAAGGGAAAGCUUUGUGAGUGGUGAAGAAGCAGUGUUGCAGGGGUCACUAUUUCUCUUCCUGUCUAUCACCUCCUUCCCUCUUAAACUCUGGCUGUCUCUAUCUAAUAAAUAAAUAAAGGUUAUUAUUAUUUUUUUUAAAAAAAGCAUAUUGAAAAUUUUGGUUAUUGUAUCAGAAUAGUACCUAGAUUUAUAAAUUUAGUUUGUGUUACAGAUUCAACUAGUUUCUCCUAACACCUCACUAGAAUAUCACCAGAAUUCUGCAGAGGUUAUGAUGUACGUAUUAUGUAACUUAACCGAUAGUGUAUUUGGUAUGCUAUCUGUUAAGUCCAGGAGUUAUUUCCAUAGAUUAUCUUAAUGAGAAGUCCUACUACCAUAUUCUGGGUGGAAUUUUUGGUAUCAGGUAUGAGAAAGCAGCUGCUAAAGUUGGUGAGGUUUCUUGGAAACAAUUGUUCUAUAACAUGUUUAGUUUUCAAAGUGAUGUUCAUGUGGGCUCUUAUAAUUAACAUGUUGCUCUUAUGUGAGGGAUUUAACCUAGGGCAGCCUUUCUCUUGUGAAAUACAAAUAGAAAAAUUGCCCUUUGUUGAGUUGAAGUGACAAUUGGUAAACUUUAUUUUUCAGAUUCUUAGUAAGUGAUAGGAAAAAAAUGAUUGAUGAAUUUCCUUAAAAAUUAACUUACAUUCUGAUAGUUGUUUCAGUUUUUCCUUAAAUGGUACUUUAAAGCAUGCUUUUUCAUCUUGGGUUCAUAACAAUUUAACUCCAAAAUUUUUUACUAUUUUAACUUUAAAACAGAACAAAAAAAAAUUUUUUUUUUUUUUUUAAAUAAGUUGAGACCAAAUGGACAGGAGUCUUGGGCAGGUAACAUUUGUGAUAUGUACAUAUUGGAAUAAAUGUAAAAGGACUUCAGAGAUUAGAAAGCCAUUAAGAAUGGCUUGAUUUAUAAAUGCAUUACGUCUAGUGCUGUAAUAUAGUGGGAUAUAUUGAACUAAAAAAAUUUGUAAAUACAGUAUGUCAGCAGUUCUUAGUAACUUCUCUUUAAUCCAUUUUUUAAUAUCUCCUAUAGGUUAAGGAGUUAUACUCUUUAGGCCAAUACUACCCAGACUCUAUAAAUUUAUAAAAUAAAUUGAAAAAUUCAUCAUUCCCCCUGUAUUCAAGACCAAAGCACGUAAAUGCUAAUGUAGGGCUCAGAGGGGAAAUCUAUUUCUCCUGAAUAUUUGAGAAAAUGUGAAGUCCUUUCAAGAAAAUCUAAUAAACAUAAUAAUCAUAGCCUGCUGACACUAAGGAAAAAGGACCUCAUUCGCUUUUUUCUUUUAUGCAGUGAUUUAGUGGUCCCUAAUGAUUUCCAAAUUGGAUCACUGCAGUAAAUCAUCUAUGUUGGUACCUGUGCAAGUACGCCCUGAGAUCCAUAUCUGUUUUGUUUUCUGCUUAAAUCAGCAAGAAUGAUAAAUUUGAUGGUGUGAAAUUGCAAGUGUCAAGGGCUUUUUUUAGUGAUUGAGCAAAAUAAUGUCUCCACUUGUAAUUUAUUGUGACCCCCUUUCUCUGUAUGUGCUUUGUAUAUCUAAUAUUUAUUUCAAUACAAAUUAAAUUGUUAUUCCUUCAUUUAUAUUGUUACAUUGAAGAUUUUAUUGAUGGAAAUUGUGUAAUAAAAAUCUCUCCAGACUUAA